AGAGAGUGAGAGAGAACAGAAAAGAGGGUGUCUCCUGUCACAAGAGAAUCUAUCCAAUCUACUUGCAAUAAAGAAAACGUACUCUCCUCGUGAGCUAUCUCAGACUCCUCUGCCCAAAAGAAAAAAAAAAAUAAAAACAGAGAGAGAGGAAAGGAAGCAAAAGCGGGGCCAAGAGGGUAGAAAACUGGCGGACCAAGCUUCUCUCUUUUCUUCUCUUCCUCUGCACCUCCAUCUCUAUCUCAUCCAUCCGAAAACAAAGCCAAAGGAGUAAGAAAACAGAGGAAAAACAGAGAGAGAGAGGGAGGGAGGGAUGACGUCGGGAGGGGGGAGGUUGCCGACGUGGAGGGAGAGGGAGAACAACAAGAGGAGGGAGCGGCGGCGGCGGGCGAUCGCGGCGAAGAUAUUCUCGGGACUGCGGACGCUCGGGAACUACAAACUCCCCAAGCACUGCGACAACAACGAGGUCCUCAAGGCCCUCUGCUCCGAGGCCGGCUGGGUCGUGGAGGACGACGGCACCACCUACCGAAAGGGAUGCAAACCACUGCCAUCGCCUCCGGAGGCGGCUGCCGGGGGUCAGUCGACAAACAUAAGCCCCUGCUCCUCAUCCCAUCAUCUGAGCCCACCCUCCUCCUCCUUCCCUAGCCCUGUCCCUUCCUACCAUGCCAGCCCAUCAUCGUCCUCCUUCCCGAGCCCCACCCGUAUCGAGAAUUCCAACCCUGGUGUCAACCCCUCCUAUCUCCUUCCCUUCCUCCGGAACCUCUCCACCCUCCCGCCUCUUCGUAUCUCCAACAGCGCCCCUGUUACCCCGCCGCUCUCCUCGCCGACUGCCUCCCGCCCUCCGAAAAUCAGGAAACCGGACUGGGACUAUGCUGCAUUCCGCCAUCCUUUGUUUGCUGCUUCUGCCCCUGCUAGCCCCACACGGGGUCGCCACCAUGGGCACCCUGCCACCAUACCGGAGUGCGACGAGUCUGAUGCUUCCACUGUUGAUUCUGGACGGUGGGUCAGCUUCCAAAUGACAGCCCCGGCAUCGCCGACCUUCAACCUUGUUAACCCGGUCGCCCAAAUGCCAGAGACCGUAGUGGGCCCUGGAGGAGGAGGAAUGUCUGAUAGGGGACGAGGUGGUGUGGAGUUUGAAUUCGGGAACGGGAGGGUGAAGCCUUGGGUGGGGGAGAGAAUUCACGAGGUUGGGGUGGAGGAUCUUGAGCUCACAUUAGGAGUGGGAAGCAGUGGAUCCAAGUGAAAGAGCUUGAGACUUAGCUGCUGCGAACAUUGCAUAUUCCAGUUCAUGUUGCUGCAUCAAAAGCUGUAUCUGCUGGGCUGCUGGUGUUUGGUUCUCUUCUGAGUGUUUUUUUUUCCCGGUGGUUUUCUUGCCUCAUUUUUUUCUUUUGUUGGCUUCCAGUAACAUGGUCAUGAACGCAGAAAGAUUUGUUCUUUCAUUACUUCUAAGCUCAAAUUGUUUUAUGAGCUACUGGUUUUGGUGGCAAUAGCUGAUGAGUAAAUUUCAUGGCUGUAGUUGAUGGUGUUGCUGCUGUCGCUGUAAAUGCUAAAAACCCAUGGGUAAUUAGAUCGUUCUUUCUUCUUUCUUA